AGCAUAGGAUUAUCUUCAAACGUCUCAAUUCUCAUGGCAGAUACCAUGAGUACAUCGAUUUCCAAUUCAUACUUGCGAUUGUCAGACCAAUUAAAUUGCUUUAGCAUGGCUCAGCAAGCAUACACUCUUCAAGACCAAGUAUGCGGAGUUGGUCUUGCCGAUUUGGAUUCUAUUUGGUUUAUCUUUCUUCUGAUGUCUAUUGUGAUUACUGUGACGAUUCCACUCAUAAUGCAUGCAACAAAAACCCUAAUGUACAAUCAGAAAGAGCUUGCCAAACCCAAACCUCGUUCCAAACCUCUUGAUAAACUCCAGCAAAAGUCUGCAAAUCGUACCCAUCCUGAGAUUCUUAAAUCUAGUCGUAGACACGGAGAAAGCCGAAACUCGUCCGUAUCAUACGUUUCCAGAGAUGACAAUGCACAUGAAUUCAAUGCUGGGGUAGCUAGAGCCAGUACUACAAGCUCUUUUUCUGGAACGGAUCAGGAUAUAGGCGAGAUUUCGCCUGGUGUGGGCAUACCUUUGAAUUCUCGAUAUCAAGGCUAUAAUGCUCCCACAUCGAGGAACCACGAAAGAUUGUCGUUGAAACCUCUUGUACCAUCCAAUCGACGAUGAUUCCAGAGGAUCAAGUCACUGAUGUUUUUUUAAAGCACUAGAAAAUAAAAUAAUCAUUGAUUGUGUUG